GUUUUUUCUGUAACGGGGAAUGGGGAUUGUGUUUGGAAUGAUACCUUACAGGGCCUGGGAAACCUUCUUGGUUUGUUAAUUUGUGCUCAUUUCUCGGCAUGACUGAAGGUUCUGUAAUUUGAAACGUUUGCGUUUUCUUCCUUCUGUUCAUUUCUUGGGCUCCUUUGCAUCCAGCAGCUUGGGUUACCUUGAAUUAAGUUGGUUUAUGGCAUGCCGUUUUCGGUAAAACUCUGCAAAAGAAAUGGUCACAUAACUCAGAAAGGUUUGCCCUUGGAGUGAUUUAGUCCUGCUGGAUGAUAGCUGAGGAGGCUUAUUGACUUUGAGCUCCCUUUGGAACCAGAUUCAGAAAGCUGUGCACUUCUGUGGCACCUGUGAGACACUCACUUGAAUAGAGCUACUGAGAAAAGCAUUUCAGUUAUUGGCAUUUUUCCUAAUGCAUUUUGUAUGUGUCUAUACCACAGGGAGAAAUGUGUGGUUAUUGUUGAAAUAUUAUCUACAUGGCUUUGCAAAAGAAGAAAAGCCCCCGUACGGCAGUCAACAGAUGAGUCUCCUGGUGUUGCAAUGGUUUGGGUUCUGUGCUUCUGUCUCCCCCAAACACCCGGACAGAUAGAUGGCUGCAUUAUCUGAAUGCACCUAUUGGACUUAGAGAACCCUUUAAAGGGACCUUGAACUUGGCAGGCUGGAGGUUGGUAACCGUGACUGGGAAUGUUGUUUGUCCUUUCUGUUCCCCUGCUUUGGACCAGGAAGCUGUGCCUUGACCAUUUGAGGAACUGCACUGUGGGGUUCCCAGGUGAUGGACAGAAUUUGUUUACGAAAGACGUGACAGUGAUCGAGGGAGAAGUUGCGACCAUCAGCUGCCAAGUCAAUAAGAGUGACGACUCUGUGAUCCAGCUGCUGAAUCCCAACAGGCAGACCAUUUAUUUCAGGGACUUCAGGCCUCUGAAGGACAGCAGGUUUCAGUUGCUGAAUUUUUCUAGCAGUGAACUCAAAGUGUCGCUGACAAAUGUCUCGAUUUCGGAUGAAGGAAGAUACUUUUGCCAGCUCUACACUGACCCUCCCCAGGAAAGUUACACCACAAUCACAGUGCUGGUCCCACCACGCAAUCUGAUGAUCGAUAUCCAGAAAGACACCGCGGUGGAAGGCGAGGAGAUCGAAGUCAACUGCACCGCCAUGGCCAGCAAACCAGCCACGACUAUCAGGUGGUUCAAAGGGAACAAGGAGCUAAAAGGCAAAUCGGAGGUGGAGGAGUGGUCAGACAUGUACACUGUGACGAGCCAGCUGAUGCUAAAGGUUCACAAGGAGGAUGAUGGGGUCCCAGUGAUCUGCCAGGUAGAGCACCCUGCCGUGACCGGAAACUUGCAGACGCAGCGGUACCUGGAAGUACAGUAUAAGCCUCAAGUGCAUAUUCAGAUGACUUAUCCUCUACAAGGCCUAACCCGGGAAGGGGAUGCGCUCGAGUUAACAUGUGAAGCCAUCGGCAAGCCCCAGCCUGUGAUGGUGACCUGGGUUAGAGUCGAUGACGAAAUGCCUCAGCACGCCGUCCUGUCCGGGCCCAACCUGUUCAUCAAUAACCUAAACAAAACAGAUAAUGGUACAUACCGCUGUGAAGCUUCCAACAUAGUGGGGAAAGCUCACUCGGAUUAUAUGCUGUAUGUUUACGAUCCCCCCACAACUAUCCCUCCCACCACCACCACCACCACCACCACCACCACCACCACCACCAUCCUUACCAUCAUCACAGACACAGCAGCGACGACAGAGCCCGCAGUUCACGGCCUUACUCAGUUGCCCAAUUCCGCAGAAGAGCUGGACAGUGAGGACCUCUCAGAUUCUCGAGCGGGUGAAGAAGGCGCCAUCAGAGCGGUGGAUCAUGCCGUGAUCGGCGGGGUCGUGGCCGUGGUGGUGUUCGCCAUGCUGUGCUUGCUCAUCAUUCUGGGGCGCUACUUUGCCAGACAUAAAGGUACAUACUUCACUCAUGAAGCCAAAGGAGCCGAUGACGCAGCAGACGCAGACACAGCUAUAAUCAAUGCAGAAGGAGGACAGAACAACUCCGAAGAAAAGAAAGAGUACUUCAUCUAGAUCAGCCUUUUUGUUUCAAUGAGGUGUCCAACUGGCCCUAUUUAGAUGAUAAAGAGACAGUGAUAUUGGAACUUGCGAGAAAUUCGUGUGUUUUUUUAUGAAUGGGUGGAAAGGUGCGAGACUGGGAAGGCUUGGGAUUUGCUGUGUAAAAAAAAAAAAUGUUCUUUGAAAGUACACUCUGCUGUUUGACACCUCUUUUUUUUUUUCUUUUUUUUUUUUUUGGUUGGUUGGUUGGUUUUUUAAAAUUUUCAUUUCUUCCUACCAAGUCAAACUUGGAUGCUUGGAUUUAGUUUGGGUAGAUUGCAGAAAAUUCUGUGCCUUGUUUUUUUGUUUGUUCGUUGUGUUCCUCUUUUUAAAUUUUUUUUCCUGCUGUUUCUUUCUUUCUGUUUUUUUCCUUUGUGCACAUUUAUUUUGCCCAAAAAUUUUGGGAUUUUUUUUUUUUUCCCCAAAAUCUCCCAUUUUGGAAUUUGCCUGCUGGGAUUCCUUAGAAUCUUUUUCCCCCGUAUUUUGUUGUUGUUUUUCCUUUCCUUUUUUGUCUAUUUUUUAAGUAACUGCUUUCUGUUCAAGAUUCAGUUUCAUGAAAGGAGAACCAGCACAGUUUAGAUUUCAUAGUUCAGAAUUUAGUGUGUCCAUAAUGCAUUCUUACUCUGUUGUCGUAAAGAUUUGGGUGAACAAACAACGAGGACUCUUUGCUGCUACCCAUGUUUCAAAUACGUAGAGCAGUGAAGACUAGAAACGUAGACUGUGAUUCAGAAAAUGUUCUGUUUGCUGUGGAACUACAUUACUGUACAGGGUUACCUGCAAAGUGAGGCGUGUCACAAUGAGAUCGAAUCUGUCUUUAAUUCUGUGUCUGUAGACGGCUCAGCAUAGAGACCCCGCACUGUCCGGAAAGGUUUGGGGCGGAAGGGGCUCCUCCUUUUUCAACGCCCCAAACAGACCUGGCAGGUGAGGUCUGUUCCUUUUAUAUAAGUGGACAAAUUUGAGUUGCCACAGGAGGGGAAGUCGGGAGGGGGGGGAACGAAAGUCCUGCUCUGGUUAUUUCUGUUUCAAACGAUUCCAUCCACCUUUCCCAAUCGGCCAUACUUCUCACUAAUUUGUAGGAAAAAAGCAAGUCCGCGUGGUGUGUGAAUGACUGGAUGGGACAGGGUUUGGUUUUUCGGGGGUUUUUUUGUUGUUUUUUUUUUUGGUUUUUGUUUUUGUUUUGUUUUUCCUUUGUGUUUAGUGAGGAAGACAGUAGGAUGUGGCCUGCAUGUACUGUAUAUUACAGAUAUUUGUCAUGCUGGGAUUUCCAACUCGAAUCCGUGUGAAACUUUCAUUCCUUCAGAUUUGGCUUGACAAAGGCAGGAGGUACAGAAGAAGGGCCGGUAUUAUUCUCACACUGGUCUGCUGUCGAUCUAGUUCUCGAAAGGUCAGAGCAGAGGUGGAAAAACAGCAUGUAGGGAUUUUCAGUUACUUAAUCAAAACUCAAAUGUGAGUGUUUUUAUCUUUUUACCUUUCAUACACUAGCCUUGGCCUCUUUCCUCAGCCUUAAGAACCAUCUGCCAAAAAAUUACUGAUCUUCGCAUGAUGGCAGCCAUAGUGCAUAGCUACUAAAAUAAGUUACCUUGAACAUAUCUUAGAUGGGGAGCCUUGGGAAAAGGUAGAGGAGUCAAGUUACCAUUUACAUUUUUUUUAAAGAAAUGUGGGGAUUUUCACUGAAACGUCUAGGAAAUCUAGAAGUAGUCCCAAAGGACGAAAACUAAACUCUUACCAUAUGUGUUGGUAAGGCUCCAGACUCCAGAAUACAGUCCCUAUGGAAAGAUGGCAUCAAAAAAAGAGAUCUAUAUAUAUAUAAAUAUAUAUUAUAUAACAUUUUCAGUGAGUAAUUUUGGAUUUUGCAAGGUGCAUUUUUACUAUUGUUACAUUAUGUGGAAAAACUUAACGCUGAUUUAUUUAAGGGGGAAAAAAAAAGUAUCAACUCUUUGUUAUUUGCAAGUGUGUUGAUUUUUCUUGUCUUUGUUUUAACCUUUGAUAGAACCAUUGCAAUAUGGGGGCCUUUUGGGAACGGACCGGUAUGUAAAAGAAAAUCCAUAUUGAGCAGCAUUUUGUUUCCCUCCCCACCCCACCCCCAUCCCUAGGCACUUAACCAAGACAAAAAGCCACAACGAACAUCCCUUUUUCGAUGAAUUUUAUAACGUGCAGCUCUAUCCCGAGCCCUUUAGUGCCCAUUCUGACCAUAGUAUAACCACAUCAAAGGGUGAGAACCAUUUAGCAUGUCGUUAAAAGGUUUUUUUCAGUUGUUCUUUUUGGGGGGGGAGAAAAAGAAAACAACUACCAUUGCUCACCAAAUUGGCAUCUCAUUUUUGGGAACUUCCAUCUUUGUUUUGAAAAGUGUAUGGUAGUGCAGUGUUCCUGAUGUAACUUUCUGGCUUUUACGAUGUUGACAUGUCUCAGGUUCAUGUGUUCUGAUUGGUGUUUUUCCGUCUCAGGUAGAUUGCAAAGUGUAGGCCCCACGCAUUGGAAAAAAAUAAAAUAAAAAAUAAUAAUAAUAAAGCAAAAACAGGAAAUUAUGGAUUUUAGUUGUAUAUUGGUUUAUGUAUUUUUUCUUAAGUAUACAGUGCACUGUUUGAAAUGUAUUGUUGAGUAUUACUUUGUACAGGUUGAUCACUUUUUUUAGAGUGAAGAAAGAACAAACUUGUUUUCUGUGUUUUUUAAAGGAAUAUAAAAUAAUGAAGGAUGUAUCAUUGAUGCCAAAUAAGCUUGUUCUUUAGUCACCCCGACGUAUUAUUUUUCCCUUUAGGCCAGUUCUGUUUUCGAGGUGUACAUGAACAAUGUUAUGGUGUAAGAAAUUUCAUAUCCAUAUGUUCCCAUUCGCAUUUUGUAUUGGUUCAUGUAUACCAUUUUUACAAAAAAAAAGAAAAAAAAAGAAGUACUAUAAAAUAUCUGUCUUCUUAAUAAAAAAAAAUUAAUGUUA